AUGGAGCCUUUGUUGGGUUUGGCGCUACCGCCUGUUUCUGUUUCGUCGCAGCAGCAGCAGCAACAGCAGCAGCUAGCAGCAGCAACAGCAGCAGCAGCAGCAGCAGCAGAGUUGCCGCAGCAGCUGCUGCUGUCUGCUGCUCCGCUGCUGCCUGCUGCCCCUCUCCCUACAUCUAUCCCCCCCUAUUUGCUGCGGCCUCCUAUGCCUGCUGCUCAGGUGUAUCUACAGCGUUGUUUCUAUCAGCAGCAGCAGCAGCAGCAGCAGCAGCAGCAGCAGCAGCAGCUAACAACUGCAGCAGCAGCAGCAGCAAACAGCAGACUUCCAGCAGCAUGGGAUACUUCUAUUGAAUUCAUUGAUUGGGCAUCAGACACAGAAGAACCACCAGAAGAAUAA